CUGGACCUAAACACAGUAAACAGACGCCUCUCUCUGUCUGAGGAGAACAGAAAGGUGACAUGUAGGAGAGAGAAGCAGCCGUAUCCUGAUCACCCAGAGAGAUUUAAGGUCUGUAGACAGGUGCUGUGUAGAGAGGGUCUGACUGGGCGCUGUUACUGGGAGGUAGAGUGGAGUGGGAUAAUGGGGGCUGGUAUAGGAGUGACAUAUAAAGGAAUCAACAGGAGAGGAAGGGAUGAUGACUGUUGGCUUGGAUACAAUGACAAGUCCUGGAGUCUGUUCUGCUCUGACAACAGUUACUCUGCCAGGCAUAAUAAUAAUCCCACUACCAUAGACGUCCCCUCCUCCAGCUCCCACAGAGUAGGAGUGUAUCUGGACUGGCCAGCCGGCACUCUGUCCUUCUAUAGAGCCUCCUCUGACACACUGACCCACCUGAUCACAUUCACCUCCACAUUCACUGAGCCCCUCUACCCAGGGUUUAGGCUUUGGUAUGACACCUCAGUGUCUCUGUGUCAAACACAACAUGAUGUUUCACUCUAAUCAGGGUCAUGUUCAGUAAGACACACUGGAGCAACAAUGUAGAAUAUCUCUCUAGUCAUGUUCAGUAAGACACACUGGAGCAACAAUGUAGAAUAUCUCUCUAGUCAUGAGAUAAAAUGUUAUUAUUAUAUCUAAAUAUUCAUGAUUAUACACCACCUAAGUGAAUAGUCAUUAAUAGAAUGAAUUACCCCACUGUGUUGUUAAACUGGUUUCAUUUACACAUCACUGAUCUGGUUGUUAUUUUGCUUCUUAGUGUUUGUAAAUAUUGUAGAAUGUUUAUUUGUCAAAUUCUUGACACAACAAUCUGGUUUGUGUAUAAACUCAAUUCAACUGAAUGAAAUGAUGUGCCAGAUGUGACUAAUAAAGGGUCAUCAACCAGAUGGAA